UGGCGCCUCGCAGCCCGGCCCCGCCGCAGCACGCCGGCCGGCGGCAGCCGAGCCGCGCCGAGCCGCGCCGAGCCGAGCCGCGCCGAGCCGAGCCGAGCCGGACCGAGCGCAGCGCAGCGGAGCGGAGCGGGCGAGCGGCGCCCGGGCCGUGCCAGCCGCCCGGCGGGGCCAUGCCGCCGCCGCCCCCCCGCAGCGCCGCCGCCGCCGGCCGCCGCCGCCCGGCGGGCGCUCAGGGGAGGCAGCCGGCCGCCGGCGGAGCGGCGCGUCCCUAGGCGGCCCCGGAGCCGCCCUGCCCGUCCCUGCCCGGGCGCCGCGGCGCGGGGCUGGGGGCGGCUCGGAGCCGCAAGCCGGGAGCGCCGCCGCCUCUCGCGCCGUCGCUGCGGAGAGGGGGAGCUGCGUUACUGCAGGUGGAGAUUUUGGCGGAGGGGGUGGGGGCCGGGGGAGAUGCCAUUUCUGACCGAAGGAGAUCGCCGGCGAGAAUGAGAUGCAGGUGAGAGAUAGGAUGAUAGCGGGGGAGGCGAGUAUGCGCAGCCCAAUCCUGGCCUGCUGGCAGCCUAUUCUCCUCCUGAUGCUGGGAUCCAUCCUGUCCGGCUCCGCCACGGGCUGCCCGCCGCGCUGCGAGUGCUCUGCCCAGGAGCGCUCCGUGCUGUGCCACCGGAAGCGAUUCAUGGUCGUCCCGGAGGGGAUCCCGACUGAGACCAGGCUGCUGGACUUGGGCAAGAACCGCAUCAAGACGCUCAACCAGGAUGAAUUUGCCAACUACCCUCACCUGGAGGAGCUGGAGCUAAAUGAGAACAUUAUCAGUGCCAUUGAACCUGGGGCUUUCAACAACCUCUUCAACCUCAGGACACUGGGGCUCAGGAGUAACAGACUCAAGCUGAUCCCUUUGGGGGUGUUUACCGGACUCAGCAACCUUACCAAGCUAGACAUUAGUGAGAACAAAAUUGUGAUCCUCCUAGAUUACAUGUUCCAGGACUUGUACAACCUGAAGUCUUUGGAGGUCGGGGACAACGACCUUGUCUACAUCUCCCACCGGGCCUUCAGUGGCCUCAACAGCCUGGAGCAGCUGACCCUUGAGAAAUGCAACCUGACCUCCAUCCCCACGGAGGCCCUGUCUCACCUGCACGGCUUGAUCGUGCUGCGGCUGCGCCACCUGAACAUCAACGCCAUCCGGGAUUACUCAUUCAAGAGGUUAUACAGGCUCAAGGUCCUUGAGAUCUCACACUGGCCCUACCUGGAUACCAUGACAUCCAACUGCCUCUAUGGCCUGAACCUGACCUCCUUGUCCAUCACCCACUGCAACCUGACGUCCAUCCCGUACGUGUCAGUGAGGCACUUGGUUUACCUCCGGUUCCUGAAUCUGUCCUACAACCCCAUCGUCACCAUCGAGGGCUCCAUGCUCCAUGACCUGCUCAGGCUGCAGGAGAUUCAGCUAGUGGGAGGUCAGCUCACCAUGGUUGAGCCCUUUGCCUUCCGCGGCCUCAAUUACCUGCGUAUCCUGAACGUGUCGGGCAAUUUGCUGACCACCCUGGAGGAGUCAGCCUUCCACUCGGUGGGGAACCUAGAGACGCUCAUCCUCGACAACAACCCCUUAGCCUGCGACUGUCGGCUGCUCUGGGUUUUCCGGCGGCGAUGGAGGUUGAACUUCAACAAGCAGCAGCCCACCUGCUCCACCCCUGAGUUUGUCCAGGGCAAGGAGUUCAAAGAUUUCCCUGACGUCCUCCUGCCCAACUACUUCACCUGCCGCCGAGCACGGAUACGGGACCGCAAACCUCAGCAGAUCUUUGUGGAUGAAGGCCACACGGUCCACUUUGUCUGUCGGGCAGAUGGGGACCCCCCUCCCACCAUCAUGUGGCUCUCUCCCCGGAAGCACCUCAUCUCUACCAAAACCAAUGGGCGGCUCACUGUCUUCCCUGACGGCACGCUAGAGGUGCGCUACGCCCAGAUCCAGGACAACGGCACCUACCUAUGCAUCGCCAGCAACGCAGGUGGCAACGACACCAUGCUGGCCCACCUGCACGUGCGCAGCUACUCCCCAGACUGGCCCCACCAGCCCAACAAGACGUUCGCGUUCAUCUCCAACCAGCCCAACGAGAGCGAUGCCAACAGCACGCGUGCCACCGUGCCUUUCCCCUUUGACAUCAAGACUCUCAUCAUCGCCACCACCAUGGGCUUCAUUUCCUUCCUGGGCGUCGUGCUCUUCUGUCUGGUGCUCCUCUUCCUGUGGAGCCGGGGGAAAGGCAACACCAAGCACAACAUUGAAAUUGAGUACGUGCCACGCAAGUCCGACGCGGGCAUCAGCUCUGCCGAUGCGCCGCGUAAGUUCAACAUGAAAAUGAUUUAACCAGGCAACAAUUUGCAAAUAAUAAUUUUUUUUAAAAAAAGAACAAACGAACAAAUAAAAAAUUAUUAAAAAAACAAACAUUGCUACAAACAUACCGACCUCUCUCCUUCCACCACACCCUUCGCCCUUUUCCAAACCCACUGCACCCGCACCGUCACCACCUCUUUCUCCUCCUCUUCUUCUUUAUACCAGGAAAACAUUCAGCUGACGUCUUCAGGACUCCCAUGUUUGUAAGGACUUUGUCUGAUGGACUCUGGUGUCAGAUAUAACUCUAAGAGGGAAAAACAACAGGGGGGAAAAAAGAAAAAGAAAGAGAAAAGAAAUAAAAUCAAUAAAAAGUUACGAACUUUCUUCUGUAACUUUGAUUUCAAUAAUUAUGGAUUUUUAUGAAAACUUGAAAUAAUAAAAAAACCCUAUUUCCUAUA